AUGUGGCUAUCGCCGCCGCCGCGAAUUGAUUGUAAUCGGAGUCAAUUGUCGGCAGCUGGGAGAAGGCAAAGUUCGGUUGUGUGCUUUGGCGAGAGAGAGACAGAGCGUGGGAUGCUCCGACGGUUGCAGGGGUGUUCCAGCGGCGGCAUGAAUGCUACGUUGGCGGCAUGGGAUGCUCAGGCAGCGGGGGUUCUCCGGCAACGGUGGUCGUGUGUGUGUGUGUCUGUGUGUCGGAAGGCAGCUGUGAAGACCAUACCUGAAGAAGUAGAAGAAGCCGGUACGACACAAGGGGGGAUGGCAUACCCGAGUAGCAUUGGUAAUCGUCGAGUCGGGAAGACGGAUGGGGGGAGCGAUAUUGUCGUGGUUCUGGUGUAG